AUGAGGUUACUGCAGCGUGAUGAUGCAGGUAACUACAGCAUCACUUCCGACCUCGCUGAAAAAGACGUUCCCCCGUACGCGAUUCUUUCCCACACUUGGGGACUCGACGAAGUAGUCUUCGCCGACCUUGCGAAGACGCCUGGUGACUGGCAACACAAAGCCGGCUACUAUAAGAUCAAGUUCUGUGCAGUCCAAGCGAAAGAACAUGCUUUGCGGUACUUCUGGGUCGACACCUGCUGUAUCGACAAGUCUGACGCAGCCGAGCUUCAGACCGCGAUCAAUAGCAUGUUCAGAUGGUACCGCGAUGCGAAACGAUGCUACGUUUUCUUGCCGGAUGUCUCUAGCUCUGCGGUCUCUAGUCAGCAAUACACUUUCACGCCAUGGGAGGGUGCUUUCCGGCAAAGUCGAUGGUUCAAGCGUGGAUGGACGCUGCAAGAGCUUAUCGCGCCGAGGACAGUUGAUUUCUAUUCAGAGGAAGGAAAUCAUCUAGGUGACAAGCGAUCCUUGGAGCCUUUGAUACGUGACAUUACAGGCAUUCCUGCAAAUGCGCUUCGCGGCACAACUUUAUCCGACUUCACAAUUGUAGAACGAGAAUCAUGGGCACGCAAUCGUCAAACGACGCGCGACGAGGAUAUGGCGUAUUCGUUGCUAGGUAUUUUCGGCGUUUAUAUGCCGCUCAUAUAUGGCGAGGGGCGACAAAAUGCACAAAAGCGGCUGCGAGAGGAAGUGCAGAAAGCCGUAAAGGGACCCCCCGCGAAUGGCUUUGACAUUACCUUUAGCCUGUCUGACAUUACCGAAACUCAACAUUUCGUCGCACGAGAGAGCGAAAUCGCGAAGAUGCGCAGAACACUAGAGUCAGACGGCAGCCGCCGCGUCGUUAUUCUCCACGGUCUCGGUGGAAUCGGCAAGACACAGCUUGCCGUAGCAUAUACGAAGAAGUAUCGAGGUGAAUACUCUGCGGUAUUUUGGCUCAACAUCAAAGACGAAGCGUCGGUUCAACAGAGCUUCGCCAAAGUAGCGAGGCAGAUUCUGCGACAGCACCCUGAUGCUAAUUACCUGAGUGCACUUGAUCUGCAGCAAGACCACGGGGAAGUGAUUGAAGCAGUUAAGGCAUGGCUCAGCCUGCCGAGUAACACUAGGUGGCUCAUGGUUUACGACAAUUUCGAUAAUCCGAGACUGGCCAACACCACUAACACAGGAGUCGAUAUUCAAUAUUAUCUGCCGACAUCGUACCAAGGCUCAGUGAUAAUCACGACGCGAUUGUCGCAAGUCGAUAUAGGUCAUCGUAUUCGAAUCCAAAAGCUUGAAUCGAUGGAUGACUGUCUCAAAAUCUUGUCCACGACGUCGGAUCGAGAUGUUUCACACAAAGACGCGGAUGCUAGACGUCUUGUAGAGGAGCUUGACGGGCUUCCGCUUGCUCUUGCCACAGCCGGAGCAUACCUGAGGCAUGUUCCGGUCAGCCUCAGUGAUUAUCUUCGCCUGUACAAGAGUUCGUGGGCAAGGCUUCACUCAAGCACCCCAAGUCUAGGAUCGUAUCAAGACCGCACACUUUCCUCCACGUGGCGGGUCUCAUAUGAUCAAGUGCUAGAACAAAAUCCACUAGCUGCUCGUAUACUACAGUGGUGGGCCUAUUUUGAUAACGAAGAUCUGUGGUUUGAACUCCUCCAGCCGCACGGAGAUGACGGCCCAUCUUGGAUGAAUAAGCUGAAUGAUGAGCUAAACUUCAACAGCGCAAUGGGCGUACUGCAUGACUACGGCUUUGUCGAGCCACAUGCUGUUAGUACAGGCUUGAUCGAGUCAAGGGGAUACAGUAUUCAUGCAUGCCUGCACUCUUGGACGAUUCAUAUUUUAAACCGGGAUUGGGAUGGCCGCCUCCAUGAAAUGGCGGUGGAGUGCAUAGCCUCACACGUCCCGUCACGGGAAGACGGUCAAUUCUGGGUACUUCAAAGACGGCUCUUAACACAUGCGAUAACGUCUUGUACCAAAAUGCAAGAUGGCGGUAAAGACUUAAAAUGGGCUUUCGGCAUACUAGGUCUCCUUUACUACGACCAAGGCAAGAUGCAAGAGGCCGAGGAGAUGUACCUGCGGGCGCUUCGAGGGUACGAGAAGGCGUGGGGUCCGGGUCACACGUCGACACUUGAUACGGUUAACAACCUAGGGAUCCUUUAUUUCGAUCAAGGCAAGAUGCAAGAGGCCGAGGAGAUGUACCUACGGGCGCUUCGAGGGAAGGAGAAGGCGUGGGGUCCGGAUCACACGUCGACACUAGAUAUGGUGAAUAACCUAGGGAACCUUUACUCUAACCAAGGUAGGAUGUAA